AUGGAGAAAAGAUAUCAGCAAUUGUUUAAAGGUAAAAGAAUUGAUUUUCCUUUAGCAACAGGAGCUGCUUCACAUGUAUCUUUAACAUAUGAUGAGAAGAAGAAUCCAUACUUAUUAUGUUGGACAUAUAUAUAUCAAGAGAAACCAGAAUUUACUGUACCUUUGAAAGGUUGUCGUAUAAUUAAUAAUAUAACAGAAAUUGGUCCAUGUAUUCAUAUAAUUACAUCUAAUGAAGAGUAUCAAUUUCAAUGUAGAAGUAAAGAGGAGUUUGAUGAAAUGAGUCAAUUUUUUAAUAUGUUAGGUUAUCCAAUAUUAGGAUUUAAGAAUGUAUAUGUAUUAAAUAAGAAAAUAGGUAAAGGUAGUUUUUCUACUGCAUAUAUAGGUACCAAUAUAUUAUAUGGAAAUCGUGUGGUUGUAAAAGAAGUUGAUAAAUCAAAAGUGAAAGAAUCAAAUGUAUAUACUGAAAUAGAAGUUCUAAGGAAAGUCAUGCAUAAAUAUAUUAUUAAAUUAAUAUCUGCAUAUGAACAAGAAGGAUUUGUAUAUUUAGUCUUAGAAUAUUUAAAGGGUGGUGAAUUAUUUGAAUAUUUAAAUAAUAAUGGUCCAUAUACUGAACAGGUAGCUAAAAAAGCUAUGAAAAGAGUUUUGAUCGCAUUAGAAGCAUUACAUUCUAAUGGUGUAGUACAUCGUGAUUUAAAAAUGGAAAAUUUGAUGUUAGAAAAUCCGAAUGAUCCAAGCUCAUUAAAAAUAAUAGAUUUUGGUUUAGCAUCUUUUCUAAACAGUCCAUCAAUGAAUAUGAGAUGUGGAUCUCCUGGUUAUGUAGCACCAGAAAUAUUAAAAUAUGCAUCCUAUGGUACAAAAGUUGAUAUAUUUAGUUUAGGUGUAAUUUUAUUUAAUAUAUUAUGUGGGUACCCACCUUUCCGAGGUAAUAAUGUAAAAGAAAUUUUUAAAAAGAACAUGAGAUGUCAUAUAAGUUUUAAUACAAAACACUGGAUAAAUAAAUCUGAAAGUGUAAAAGAAAUUAUAUUAUGGAUGUGUUGUAAAAAUCCUGAUGACAGAUGUACAGCUUUACAAGCCUUAGGCCAUCAAUGGUUCUUACCCAAACUUACAGAUAUGCAUAUGACAUCUAAUAUAAAUGAAUUAAAAAGAAACGAAGCUAUUGUACAUAAAUCAAAUGAUCAGCAAGAUAUGUGUAAGAAAUGUAAACAUUUUAAUAAUACACAAAAUGAUGAUAUAUAUAAUAAUAAUCAAUUAGAUCCUAAUAAAAACCAUAAGAAUAAUUAUAAUGAUUAUAAAAAUUAUUUCGAUACCAUGUUAAAAAUUGAUGAUAAAUAUUCUGAAAAUUUUAUUAAAGAUAAAACAAGUAUGGAUUCCAUUUCUUUAAAUAAAAAAGAUUAUGAUGCUUAUCUAGUACAUUCUAAUGAACAUGAUACUGUAGUAUUACAUGGAAAAUGUCAAACAACGAAAAAUUCAUCUUCAUUAUUAUCUUAUAAGUGUUCUAGAAGAUCUCCCCCACAGAAUUAG